AAGACGACGGUCCGAUGAUGCCACCAUGUUUGUCAAUUUCAACAAGGAGAAUCGCCCAGUACAUAUAUCUCAAGUACCCCGAUCAAAAUCUCAUCAAUGGAGCCUUUCGAGAUGUCGCUUGCGGAGGAGCUUAAUGAAGUCAAGAAGAAGCUGGAGAGUUUGAGAUUGGAUAAAGAGAGGACUGAGAAGAUGUUGAAAGAGAGGGAUCGGGUCUUGGAUGUGCAGAUGAAGGAGCUUGAAUCGAGAGGGAAGAUCCAGAAAAAUCUUGAGAUUGAGGUUGAUAGAUUGUACAGAUUGAAUAAGCUCAAGUCCUAUUGCAUGAGAAUCUGUCCAAUCCGAACACUACGAGAGAAAGAAAGAGAGAAGAAAGACAGAGAAGUAGCUCAAUUAGAGGAACAGAAAUCUGCAGAUGCAGAGGAAUCUAAAGAUGAACUAGUGUCAGAGUGUUCAAAUUCUGGUACUCCACAACUUGCCUGGAAGCUGAGAUUUUUCUUAUGGUUUUCAAAUUUUGGGUCAGUUUGAUUCCCCUGUUUUGUAAGAUUUGAGGGGAAAAAACGAUACAGCUCAUUAUCAUCAUUCUUAAAGUUUAAAAAUUUUGAACUUUUGGCCA